AUGGGUUUAGAACAUGAUGUUAUCCGUUCUGACAUACAGUGUGACAGCAUUUGCUGUAAUUUUACUGGUCUGUGUUGUCAAAGUUUGGCUUUAGCACUACAAUCAUCAAACCUGACAGAGCUGGACCUGAGUAACAAUGAUCUGCAGGAUUCUGCAGUGAAACUGAUUUCUGAUGCUCUUGAGAGUCCCAACUGUAAAUUAGAGUCAUUGAGGUUAUCUGGCUGUAUGGUGACAGAGGAAGGUUGUGUUGCUCUGGCUACAGCUCUAAAUACAAACCCCUCGCACCUGCGAGAGCUGGAUCUAAGAUAUAAUCACCCAGAUCACCCAGGAGAUUUAGGAGUCCAACUACUCUCUGAUAGACUCAAAGAUCCUAACUACACAUUGGGAAAACUCAAUUUGGACCAUGGAGAAGCUUGCAGGAUUAAACCAGGACUACGAAAUAUGCAUGUAAACUCACACUGGAUCCAAACACAGCAAACACUCACCUCAUUAUGUCUAAGGAGAACAAAAAGGUGACAUAUGUUGAGGAUCCUCAGCCUUAUCCUGAACAUCCAGACAGAUUUGAGCACUUGGAACAAGUUCUGUGCAAAGAGACUCCGGACGCUGACCGGACGCUGUUACUGGGAGGUUGAAUGGAAGGUGUGGGUCCGUAUAGCAGUGACGUAUAAAGGCAUCUGCAGGAAAGAAGGGAGUAUCAGUAUGUUUGGCCUUGAUGACAAGUCCUGGAGUUUUUUCUGCACAGACACUGGAUUUGCCAUCUGGCAUGACAAUGAAAUCCAGAACAUACAUACCCCUUCACAUCCCUCUAACAGAGUAGGAGUCCCAGACAGCACAAUCCAUCUGGUUUACGUCUAUUUGACGUCUGC